AUGAAAACUAACCUCAACUCAACACUGAAACCACCAAAAGCACGAACCCCUCCAUCCAAACCUCCAUCCACUGACGGCUCACCUGAACCAGUCCCAAUCGCCGUCGUUCACCCAUCUGCUCCGCCAAAGAGGAAGGCUAUAACCACGAAAGGAGGCGACAGGAAGAGGCGAAACUCUCAAAAUUUUCCAUCUUGGAACUACACUCACGGCUAUCAUAUCAAUUAUGACUGGUGUACAUCAAAACAAUCUUUGCUUCGCCUGAGCCUUAAACUUGAGAGUGGGACAAUUUCUUUCUUGUCUAGAGGUAGAGAGGAGAAAAAUAGAGGGAAGGGAAAAACACAAGUUAUAGAGGGAGAUACAAGUGCAUCAGAAGAGGAGGGAAGUGAAUCAGAAGAAGAAGAGAGUAAAGAAAACAGUGAGGGAGACAAAGAAGAGGAAGAAAUUUCUGAGGGGGAAGCACAGGAGGCAGAACCUGAGAAAGGAGAGGAGACUCAGAGUGAGAGGGAACCUAGUUCAGAGACUGAGAGUCUUGAAUUCCCUUUUGUUCCUGUUUUUAAGGGGGAACUCAGAAGGAGUAAGAGGAAAAUUGUCAAACCUACCGUUUCUACUCCAAAGCCUGUGAUAAUUGAAGACAUUAGUUCUUCAGACCACUCUGACCCUGAUUUUACCCCUACUCAAGUUCCUUUUGCUUCUGAGCCUUCUUCUAUUCAUAAUUCCCCUCCAACACAAGAUGACCCUUCUUCCAUUCAUGUUUCACCUCCAAAAAAAACUUCUCCUUCUCCAGCUUUUCCUCCAUCACAGCCUACAGGCUUUGCUGCCUUCUCUGGAACAAAUGUGUCUGUUUUUUUAUCUUCAACAGGUGAAAGCAUAGAUGGAGAAGCUGACUACAAUGGUCAGCAACAAGCUGGAGGACAUGGCCAAGCAAAUGACCUCUCUUCAAGGCCAGCUACAAGCUCUGGCAGAAUCUCAGGCCACAGGCUUUGUAGGGGUGGAGGAGAAGCUUGUAAAGGCUGA